AUGAAAAAAAUACCUCAACAAGACCAUCCUCCGGAUACGGAAGGGAGUAAUUUGCUUGCUGACAGGAUUUUUGUGUUAGAGAGAGCAAUUAAAACCUACCAAAAGGAAAACAAUAAUCUCCGUGACUAUCUUCAACAACUUGUAAAUAUAUGUAAUGGUCACCCGUUAUUGAAUAAUAAUAAUAAUAAUCCCAUCAAACCUGUAAAUAAUAAUCUGAUCAAUACCCAACCAUCAGAAAAUGAAAAUCUAUUUAUUACUAGAAAUCCAGUAAAUGUUAGAAAUCUACCAACUAGUAGAAAUUUAAUUAAUGGUGGAAAUUUCUUGACUGAGACAGUUCAAAUAUGCGAUAGUAAUCCUAAAAAUAGAACUGUCAGUUAUGCUGAUAUUACAAGAUUAGCUCCUAUUAAAGCUCAGCCAUCUAUUAAGAAAACAAUAGCAAAACAAAAAUCAACAACUAAUAAGAUGAAAAGAAAUAUGGCAACUAAUACUAGACCUAACAAACGUAAAUCUAAUUACAAUCUUAAUCAAAUAAUUAAUGUAAUUUGCUACAAAGAUGUUACUAACGAAUUUGUUGAACAAAUUACAGACCUACUCGGUGACUCUGUAAUCAUUAGAGUUAAUCGAUACUGUAAUAAUAUUAUUAAUGUAAUUUGCCCUGAUGAAACCAGUUAUAAAGAGUGUUUCAAUCAAUUAGUGCAAGGAAGUCAUGGAGGAAAAUUCAUAUUAGAAUGCUUUCCAUCUCCAGCAAUCUUUAAUCCUAAACCUUUAGCACUUUCACAUACUACUUCCAGUAAAACUACUCACCUUAAAAUGCUAGAAAAUAUUAUUAGCAAAUAUAUAUUGGAAGAUAAUAUUUCUGUUGAGGAACUCUACACUAACUAUUCUCAUAACCAAUUUAUAAUUAGAAUAUCAUUUGAGGAUCAAACUAUUUGCUCUCAAAUGGCACAAAAUCUUGGUUUAAAUCAAUAUAAAACUAUUGAACAGAUUAGAAAUGAAACCAAGGAGACAACAUCUCAAUGCUCUAUUCCAAUUAAUUAUACUAAUGAUGAAAUUAAAAAAGGAAUUAUCCAAGCAUUUACCAGAAUUAAUAAGACUCUCCAAGAAAACAAUCUUACCAUUACUGAUACAACUAACCGCUCUGGAACAACUAAAUACAAAUUAAUUAAAAUUGUACACAAUGAUAUGGAUGAAAUGAAUGAAUUUUGCAAGAAAUCUAUCUCCCUAAAGGAUAAACAAAGAAAUCAUAGUGGAAAUGGAUUUAAAUUUAAGCCAUCUAUUCAAAUAUUGGAUUCUAAAAUCCAAAGGAAAAAAAGCGCAAUAUUACAAAUAAUAAUCUCGUACCUGGAACAUUACAAUGGACACGAUUCGAAAGUCGUGGAAUUCCAAUUAACAUCUUCACAAUUUAUCUUAGUGGAAGAUAAUGAUUAUGACAAUGAGGAAGAAGCUCUUAAUAGCUUUAUUAAUGCUGCCCUCACAAUUAAAGAUGAACAUAUUAUUUUAAGUGGUGAUAUUAAUAUUGAUACAAGAAAUCCCACUAGUAAAAGAGAAAAAGACUGGCUAUGGAUACUUAAUCUACUCAGACUAACCGAAUUACAAACAUCCAAUAAUACUUGGAUAAGAAGAGUUCAAUCUAAUAUUUUUGAAUCGAAACCUGAUCAUGUCUUUGUGUCAAAAGACAUAAGAAUAGUUAAAGAAGUGCUCAUGCCUCCAUUAACCACUAAUGAUCACAUUCCUUUCUAUAUAGAUCUCGAAUUUAAAUCUAACUUAACCUGGAGACCUUACUUUAGUAAGAGUAAGAGAAAGAAAAUAUAUGAAGAAAUUAAUAAGUCUCCUAUAGAUAAUUUCAAAGAGUUAAAUCAAGCUAUCUUGACUCAAAUUAACAAAUAUGGCUCCAAAACUGAUAGAUUAGGUGUUGGUCGAAUCUCAACAGCCUAUAAAGAAGAAAUUCAAGAUUUGGAAGAAGAAAUUCUUCACAAAUUAAAUAAUGAAACUAUUUCUCAAUCAGAAAUAUCUGAAUUACAAACAUUACUGAAAGAAACUCAUAUUAAAAAUGGAAAACAUAUUAAGGAAAAAUUGAUAGAAGAAUUCAAUGAUAGAACUUCAUCUAAAAUGUAUCAAUUUGAUAGAAUGGUUCAUUCCAAAGAAAUUAAAUGGAAAGAUAUUAAUUUCGAAGAAGAGGAAAUUUUAGAAUACUUUACAAAUAAGUUUACCUCGACUAAUCAACUUCCAACAUUCAUUCCAAGUAGAUCAACUAUUAAAGAAGGACCAAAUUGGACCAACUCGAUCCAUAUAGAAGAAUUGGAAAAAGCUUUAAAACAAAAAGGUGGAUUAGGACUACCAUCUAUUGUAGAAUUUUCUGAAAGAAUGAACCUAAGAACCAUGACCUUAAUUGCUAACAGUAACAAUUUACUCGUCAAGAAAGCUUUCAAACAUGGUAUCAAGCACUGUGAGGAAACGAAAGACAAUAUUUAUUCGAAAUGGCUACUAGUACUAAAAGAAUACAACCUCACACUUAAGAAAAAUGAAAUGAAAUUCAAGUUGAAAAAAAUCAAAACAGGAAAUAAUUUUGAUAUUCACACUGACGGAUCAAGACUCGAAUCAAAGACUGGAAUGGGGAUUAAUAUCUAUGAUUGCUCCAAUAUGAACACUCCAGUUAGAUCUUUAUCCCUCCAUAUUAAUGAUCAAUAUUCAAAUAAUGUAGCUGAAAUAUGCUCUAUUAUUACAGCAGCUAAAGUUAUCCCAAGAGACUCCAAGAUUAAAAUCCAUACUGAUAGUAAUGUGGCAAUUGAAGUUCUCAAAGAACGAUAUAAGGGAAACUUUCUACCACUAAAAAAAGCCUUCUUUAAAACCAUUAAGGAUAGAAAACUUGAAUAUGAAUUCAAGAAAGUUGAAGCUCAUAAGGAUAAGGAAAAUAUCAAAGUUGAUUUAUUGGCAAAGAAUGCAACUCUGAAACCUAAAAUCUUUGAUAUCCGUAAACUACUCUUUAAUCAAUAUAUCCUCACAAAGAACGAUAUUAUAAUCUUUGACUAUAAGAGGUUAACUACCUCACAACAUUUAAGGCUAAUGCUUGACAAGAUAGAGAGUCACCCCAAUCACAUACCUAACCUAGAUUGGAACUCUAUCAACGUCAGCUACCUUAAAUCCCAUUUGUCUCCUAAAUCUAAAUAUUAUAUUUGGAGAAACUCUUCAAAUGCCCACAUCAAUUUUGGUGAGGGUAAAAGUUUCUGUCAUGAUUGUAACACAGAAUCUGACCUUAAUCACUAUAUUCAUGAAUGCCCUGCUCUGGAUAGUGCCAGAUACUUUUGCUUGUCAAAAAUAUCUGAUAUUCUUGAUCAGAGAGAGUGUAAACUCACUCAUAUUCAAUUCAGACCAGAAAAGCAUCACCAUGUACUCUUCUUCCACCAUUCUGGAACCACAUUCUUCGAAGAUGGAUACGUACAACAAUACCCAGACAUUGCAGAGAAAUGGCCUGAGAUCCAGGGAGCCAUUUCUAACUUUGUCGGCCGCUCCUAUAGAUAUUAUUAUAUUGACUCAAUGUAA